GGAUGCGGAUUACGGUGGUAAUCGCAUGGUCAGCCUGCCCUUCCGACGACGGUUUCGGUCGUUUGACAUGAGGACGUGCGGAGGAGAACCGACGACGGGGCGAACCGUGCGGUACGUGCGUUAAACUGAGCGCGUAGGGAGAGACCGUUACGACGGUAACCGUUACCUCAAAGGGGCUUUUUUUUGUGUUGCUCCGCGACAUUGGUGUAACAUUGGUUUAUUUUCUCUCAAUGUAACCGGAGCGAGGGGGAAAGAACACAGUGACCUCCUCAUAUUUGCAACUGCCAUCAUGGUUUUAGCCGUCGGUUUAGCAUCCUCGCAACCUUGUCUCCUCUCCUGUGUCCUCGAUGUCAAACUGAACGGAGCGGCGUCGUGAAGUCCAACAAAAACUAAAACGUAGUUCACCAAAAAAUACACAACUUCCGCCGAUAUCUCACCAUGGAGGCGUUGACUGUGCGGUCGACGUGUCUGCUCGUUUGGGCGACGGUUUGCCUGCUCACCAACGGUCAGUCCGCGCCGGACGCCUCGGGCCUGCCUCGAGCCAUCCGCGUGCCACUGCGGCAAGGCGCUCGCGCCGAGCAGCCGACGCCGCUGCCACCUGCCGCCGUCGCGAACCUCGAGCGCGGCAACGCGGGAAAGCAGCACGCUUCGCGCAAGCGAAGAGGAGCGGCAGCGGCGGCGGCGGUGGCGACGCGCGGCAUCAGCUUCGUGGACAUGAUCGAUAACCUCCGUGGGAAGUCAGGCCAGGGGUACUACGUGGAGAUGACCGUGGGCUCCCCUCCGCAGAAGUUGAACAUCCUCGUGGACACAGGAAGCAGUAACUUUGCCGUCGGUGCAGCCGCUCAUCCCUUCCUGCACAGAUACUACCACCGUUCUCUCUCCAACUCGUACCGCGACCAGGGGAGGAGCGUCUACGUUCCCUACACUCAGGGUCGCUGGGAGGGGGAGCUGGGCACCGACCUGGUGUCCGUGUCCCACGGCCCCAACGCCACGCUGCGCUCCAACGUCGCCGCCAUCACCCAGUCGGAUCGCUUCUUCAUCAAUGGAUCCAACUGGGAGGGAAUCCUGGGACUGGCCUACGCCGACAUAGCCCGGCCUGACGAGACAUUGGAACCCUUCUUUGACUCUCUGGUUCGUCAGACUUCUGUCCCCAACCUCUUCUCCCUCCAGCUGUGUGGAGCCGGCUUCACCCAAAACUACUCCCUGGGCAGCGCUACUGUUGGCGGCAGCAUGAUCAUCGGAGGACUGGACCCAUCGCUCUACGCGGGGGAGCUCUGGUACACUCCCAUUCGCAGGGAGUGGUACUAUGAGAUCAUCAUCGUGCGUAUCGAGGUGAACGGACAGGACCUCAACAUGGACUGUAAAGAGUACAACUACGAUAAGAGCAUCGUGGACAGCGGCACCACCAACCUGCGCCUGCCUCGGAAAGUCUUCCAGGCUGCGGUCAAAGCCAUCGAAGCCGCCUCUUCGACCGAACAGUUCCCCUCUGGGUUCUGGCUCGGGGAGCAGCUGGUCUGUUGGCAGGCCGGCACGACACCCUGGCACAUCUUCCCCGUCAUCUCCCUCUACCUGAUGAGUGAAAACCACAACCAGUCCUUCAGGAUCUCCAUCCUCCCACAGCAAUACCUGCGGCCGGUGGAGGACGUGGCCUCCGCCCAGGAGGACUGCUACAAGUUCGCCGUGUCCCAGUCCAGCACUGGUACCGUGAUGGGGGCAGUCAUCAUGGAGGGCUUCUAUGUGGUCUUCGACCGCGAAAAGAAGCGCAUCGGCUUCGCCGUCAGCACCUGCCACGUGCACGAUGAGUUCCGCACGGCGUCGGUGGAGGGCCCGUUCCACGGCGUGGACCUGGAGGACUGCGGCUACAACAUCCCUCAGACGGACGAGUCCACCCUCAUGACCAUCGCCUACAUCAUGGCGGGAAUCUGCGCCCUCUUCAUGCUGCCGCUGUGUCUCAUGGUGUGCCAGUGGCGCUUCGCCCGCUGCCUCCACCCACACGGGGACUUCGCUGACGACAUAUCGCUCCUCAAGUAAAGGGGGGGGGGGAGGAGGAGGAGGAGGAAGAGGAGACGGAAGGGAGUGAGAAAAAGGAUUGGUGGAGACCUGCGCUACAAACUGCCGUGGCUAUGAGAAGGGUUCUUCAGGAACACUGCAGGUGAAGUAUUGCGAACGCCGACAUACGGCGAAUACACAGCAAAGCAUUCUGGGAGAACUCGAGCCAUUAGUAACCUGAAGGACAGACGGGAGAGAGACGCCGUCGUCCGAGGCAACGGCUUCCGUUUACGCUACCUAUGCAGAUCCAAGCGGCGAGAGAGAGAGAGAGACGCAAAACAAAACUCUUUGUUACCAAGCUACGUGUAAAUAGGCCUCAGAGAUGGAUUUGGAGUUUUUAAAAGAUCUGUGAUUGCUCGGCACUGAAAAAUGAUUCACAAACACGAAACAAAAAACAACCUCACAACACGGAUGUGAAUACGAGAUGAACGCGAUGUGUGUGAGCAUGCUUGUGUGUGUGUGUGUGUGUGUGUGUGAGCAGCUGUACUGUUAAACGAAAGAGUAUACGGAAAGAUUUAACGAAGAUUAUACUCGUGAACAUGAAAACGAUACUACUGAGUGUGAAUAGCAUCUAUUAAAAUUACACUAUUUUGCAAAUGCCCGCGAAGAAUUCUGCAACGCAAGCAAAGCAUAAAGAGGUUCGUUCAUUUGAUGAGAUAUCAGAUUGUAACAGCAUUUAUUGCAUAAAAAUCUGUUUUUUGCUUGGCGGGAAACUGAGACGACUGAACGCAGUCAAUAUCAGAUGUCAUUUUCUCCUACUUUAUUGAUAGCUUAAAUGUACUUAUUGUGAAUAAAAUGCGUGCAUACCAGAUCCUCUAUUUGCGCAGACACACACACACACACACACACACACACACACACACACACACAGAGUACACAUUGUUUAUCCUCCUGCUGCACCAUCUGAUGAUUUGCACAUGUGAACUAACCAGGACUUAAUAGGGCUUCUUCCACAGAAACAACUCACCACAUCUCUCAAUGGGGACCACAUAUUAUGUAUGCUCGGACAAGGAAACCAGCCCAAAGUAUGUUAUACACAUAAGAACACUAUGUAUGUCGACAGUGGACAGUUUGUAUUGUCUCUCAGCAAGCUGUAUAUAGAUCAACUCAGAACUGAAUAUUUAUCUGUCAGGCGCUGGCAGCACUGUGGAAUCAAUAAAGUACUCAUUGUAACUGUGA